UCAUCACAAAAGAAAAAAAAAUACACAUCACCAUGACCUUCCUCCCUUAAUUUGUUACUUCCUCUCCAGCAACUCCCAUUUUCGCAAAGCAUUCAUGUUCACAUCUACACCUCUUCAUAUCGAGCUCUGUAUUCCAAUUAACAGAGACUGUAUCUUUUCCUCUGUAUUUUGUAUUCUAGGUUUGAUCCAGAAACACCAACCAAAGAGGCGUCGUCUAGUGGGCUGGGAUUUUGCAUUUGGAUUCUGGGAUUUGGAGGAGAGCUGAGUCUCUCUUACUGUUUUUCUUAUUUUCAAUAGAGAUAUUGAAACCAUGGAGGCUUAUAAAAGAUGGGUUAGAAGAAAUAAAGAAUACGUGCACUCGCUUGAAUCUCUUGCCAAUGGAUUGACAUGGCUUCUUCCUGAGAGGUUUUCUGCUUCAGAAAUAGGACCAGAAGCAGUAACUGCUAUCUUGGGCGUAGUCACUGCAAUCAAUGAGCAUAUAAUUGAUACAACUCCAACCCAGAUGCAGUCAGGCUCUGUAGAGCCUUAUUCUUUCCCUUAUUCAUUGUGCAUAUCUGCGAUAAAGGACUUAGAAACACUUGUUGAAGUUGCGGCACAACAUUAUUAUGGUGAAGAUAAGAAAUGGAAUUUCAUAGCUGUUACAGAAGCAAUAAAGGUGUUAGUUAGGUUGGCUUCAUUCCGGAACAGUGGAUAUAAAAUGCUUCUGCAUGGAGGAGAGACACCAAAUAAUGAAAAGCACUUGAACUUUUCUUCUCAGCAUGCUACUGGGGGUUUCUCAAAACCUGGAAGCCACCAUGGACCUGGUUAUUACAGAGAUGUUAAUGGACAGAAUCCAUGGAAUCUAGAAGGAAGGGCAUUGUCAGCGUUGAGCAGGUUUGGAGAAAAUGCUCGGAUGGUAUCUGACCCAGUAUGGUUAUGCAGAGUUCAACAUCAGCAGGCAAUUAUGGAGCCUCCAUCUCCAAUGGUUGAGAGGAUGACACUUUCUACAUUAUUGUCUGAGAAAGGGUUUCAUGGAGCACUAUUUGUCAUGGGAGAGGUUCUUUUUAUCACAAGACCUCUAAUUUAUGUCUUGUUUAUCAGAAAAUAUGGAAUUUGGUCAUGGACCCCAUGGUUUGUUUCUCUGGCUAUGGACUUUAUUGGAGUAGGCUUCAUAACACAAGUUACAAAAUCAAGCCACAGUGGAAAACAGCAACAAUUUGGUCUCACUGACUCCGAAAAGGAUGAGUUAAAAAGGAGAAAAUUGCUAUGGGCGCUUUAUGUAAUGAGAGAUCCAUUCUUUAGCAAGUAUACCAGACAAAAACUUGAAAGAACUGAGAAACUACUGGAACCUGUACCUCUUGUUGGCCUUCUGACCGGCAAACUUGUUGAGCUUAUUAUUGGAGCUCAGACUCGUUACACUUACAUGUCAGGAUCAUGAGACAUAUUCAAUAAGUUCUCUACAAGUUUUUAGGUGAACUAUACUGCCAAAUUGUGAACUACAUACAUAUAAUACUUUAGUAUUUUAGAUUGUCUACGGUGCAGAUGGGAAUGGCAUCAACGCAUUAGCAUGUACAUGCAAUCCACAGCAAGUUUACUUUUACCCAGCGAACUGGUUAACAUUUGAUUCUGAUUGCUGUGUUGUUAUUGCUUUUUUGAUUAUUCGGAAUUCUCUUUCUAUUGCACUUUUUUCUGAUAUUUAAGAAACUAGCUUCCCCUGCUUCUUCGUUUAAUCAAUUCUACAAAGCUUAGUUACAAA